AUGCCCAGUGUCACGGUGAAAGAUGUCAAUCAACAGGAGUUUGUCAGGGCUCUGUCAGCUUUCCUCAAAAAGUCUGGCAAACUGAAAGUCCCAGAAUGGGUUGACACUGUGAAGCUUGCCAGGCAUAAGGAGCUGGCUCCCUGCGAUGACAACUGGUUUUACACCAGAGCAGCAUCCACAGCUCGUCACCUGUACCUGCGAGGAGGGGUCGGCGUGGGCUCCAUGAUCAAGGUCUACGGAGGGCGUCAGAGGAAUGGCGUAUGCCCUGCCCACUUCAGCGUGGGCUCCAGGAAUGUGGCGAGGAAGGUCCUCCAGGCUCUGGAGGGCCUCAAGAUGGUGGAGAAGGACCCAAAUGGUGGACGGAGACUUACCCCUCAGGGCCAGAGAGAUCUGGACAGGAUUGCUGGUCAGGUUGCCUCAGCAAACAAGAAACAGCGAAGUUUACAGAGCGGCAUCUGAGGAAUGCAUGCAAAGAAUCCAGACAAGCGAAAUGCAGAAAUGCCUUACUGCAUAUUUACUCAAGUUUGCUUGUCUCCCAUAUCACUCCAGUGCCCGCAGUAACUGAGUACAAACGCCAUUUCAUAGAGAUG